AUGGCAACUCGUGAAAGAGGUCGAUCACGUACACGGAGAGAUAAUGAGGAUGACGAACCGGCCGAUAACCAUGCCGAGUUCAUGACGGCAAUAACUAACUUAGAUAACUCGAUGCAAACGAGUGCUGCUACCGUUACUCAAGCUAUGGAAAGAGGAACGACAAAUCCUACUGAAGCAGACAACUGGUUCCAAGUCGUGGAGCAUGCACUGCAUACUCAGCAUAAUGCAGAUAUUCUAUGGGAGUUGUUUUGGGCUACUUUCUACAGGAAGUAUUUCCCGGAAUCAGUAAGAGACGCUAGAGAGUUGGAGCUUAUGCAGCUGAAGCAAGGUUUGAUGUUUGUAGUCGAGUAUAUCAGUAAGUUUGAGGAUUCUCAAGGUGGGGAGGAACGUCAUAGUUAUAUACUUUUGGCUGCAAAUGCAUCAGGCGAUGAGCAGGAGCUAGAUCGAAUUCCCAUAGUUAAAGAGUUUCUUGAAGUGUUUCCUGAAGAUAUUCUCGAAUUUCCACCUCAAAGGAAAAUUAAAUUUGCGAUAGACUUGGUGCCAAGAGGCAGACCAAUGUCAAUUGCAUCGUAUAGAAUGACUUCGAUAGAGUUGGUUGAACUUAAGACUCUGUUGGAUGAUCUUCUGAAUAAGAGAGUUAAGUUCCGAGUCUUUUCUGAUCACAAGAGUCUCAAGUACAUCUUUGAUCAGAAAGAGCUCAAUAUGCGCCAAGGAAGAUGGAUGGAGCUACUGAAGGAUUAUGAUUUUGAGUUAAGUUAUCACCCUUGGAAGGCUAACAUUGUAGCAGAUGCCUUGAGCAAGAAGUCAUUGGCUGUUUCCUGGAUAAGGAUUAAAGAGGAGCAAUUGGUAAACAAGUUUGCGGAGCUUAAGUUGGACAUUGGUAAAGUUGACAGAAAAGCCUGUUUGAAUAAGUUGCAUAUCUCAAGAACAUUCAAGACAGAAAUUCAGAGGCCCAACAAGACGAGCAGGAGCUUUAGAAAAUGUUCCAAUCGAUUGGUAAAGAAAGGCAAGGAGAGUUCACUAAGGACGGUGAAGGUAUAUGGAAAUAUAAGGGGAGGAUCUGUGUGCCAGAUGUUGGGAGUUUGA